UAACAAUACUUUUUUUUUAGAUACUUUAAAUGUAAUAAAGCUUCAUCACAUUUAUUUACGGGAUCAAUUAAAAAACUGAGAGAUAAUAGCAUUGUUAUAAUUCAGCCACAUACAAAUCAUGUGGGGGAUGCAAACAAUACCGUCCUCAUCAACCGCUUUAGAAAUGUAUUAAAACAAAGAGGAUCAACGGAAAAUACAUUGUUAAAAACCAUUUAUGAUGAGGAAGCUAGAAGGCAUUUGGUAGCUGCAUCUUUAUACCCCUGGUCAACUGCAGAGUCUGUUAUGCGUUUGGCCAGACGAAAAUCAUUGCCCAGAUUACCGAAUAAUUUAAGGGAACUUGCCACACUCUUUGAUGACGAGCAACUUGGAAGAUUUAGUUGUUGUGAAGCAAAUUUUUUCAGAUGUUGUGUACAAGACACUGAUGGUAAAACAAACAUCAUAUUUGCUUGUACUCAACUUAUUCAUACAGUGUUACUGAACGAUGUAAAUGAAAUCCAUGCAGACGCCACCUUCAAAAUAAUCCCAGCUAAUAUGGGAUAUCAAUUAUUGGUUUUGCAUUGCAUGAUUCAAAAUUAUUCCAUACCUAUCAUUUACGUUCUGACGGAGAGUAAAACGAGAAGAUCAUAUGAAUGUGUCUUUCAAUUUGUAAAAAAUAAUUUACUACCUACAUCAAGACCAAGUAUAAUUAUAACAGAUUAUGAAAGUGCUUUGAGGGAUGUACUAUUAUCAGUUUUUCCUGGAGCCCGAUCUGUUGGGUGCUGGUUCCAUCACAACCAAGCUGUAUGGAGAAAAUUGAAGAAACUGGGUUAUUUAAACCAUAUCAAUAAUAAUGACAAUGCUCUAAAAGCGUUAAAAUUAUUAAUGUGCCUUCCUCUAUUGCACGCUCUUAGUAUUGAAAAUGGUUUUUCAUUUAUAACAGCAUUUGCUCGAAACCAUGGAAUUCAUUUGGAACAACUAUUUCAGUAUUACCAAAUGUACUGGUUAAGAAAUGUUGGACCACACAUCAUAUCAGUUUAUGGAUUACCUAGGAGAACCAACAACAACGUUGAGAGUUUCCACAAUUCUCUGAAAGCUAAAUUUUGCACCAACCAUCCAAGUUUAUGGAUAUUUUUAGAUCAUUUAACUAAUUUAAAUAAAAACUACCACAUUAUUGUCAAUCAGCUGAACAAUAAUUUAAAUCCAACUAGGCAUUUAAGAGUCAAAUUUAUAGCCAAUUCAAUGCGAAUCAAAAAUGCGAGUCAACAACUAAAUUUAGGAUUGAUUUCCAUUUGGCAAUUUUUGCAGAGAUGUUCUUAUGUCACUGAAGGGUACGAACAGAGACAACGGAUUUGGGCUCUGCGCAACAAUGACGAGAUGGCCGAUGAAGGACAGAUUGAACAUUUUGAACAAAUACCUCCUGAAGAAUUACCUAUAGAGGUUGAUCUUAAUGUUGGAGACCCACCAGCACGAAGGUCUAGAGAAUUACCUUUAGAAGAAAGGGUUGAUGUUGCUGAUCCGCCAGCAGAAAGUUCUGUAUGCAUGGUGUGUAUGGUAGUAACGGUAAAUGGCACUGCAGCCGAGUAUAUAAUUUUGCCAUGCGGCCAUGCAUGGGUAUGUGCAUCAUGUGUGGAACGCUUAGAGGUGCCAAACUCGGUUUGUCCGUUGUGCCGAAUACCUAAUAUUUCCUUUCAAAGAAUUGUUUUCUCUUAAAUUAAUAUAUUAUAAUAAAAUAUUAUAAUAAUAUAUUGUUAGA